AUGAAGCUUGCUUCGAUUCACGCCGCCCUCGGGCCGGCCGCCCUCCUCCUCCUCCUCGCUACCGGCUGCAGGGCCACGCCGGCGCACGAGAAGCUGCACCAGCGCGCAAUGAGGCCGAGGCAUUUCCAUGGACACGCUCACUGGCACCCCAUUGCCAAGCGCGGCAAAAUGUGCGAGUUUCCCACUGACGACCCCAACCUCGUCGCCAUCACUCCCGAGGGCAAGAAUGCCGGGUGGGCAAUGAGCCCCGACCAGGAGUGCAGGCCGGGUCACUACUGCCCCAUCGCUUGCAAGCCGGGCAUGGUUAUGGCUCAGUGGGAUCCCCAUUCGGAUUAUACCUAUCCCUCGUCAAUGAACGGCGGACUGCACUGCGGUGAAGAUGGGAUCGUGCGCAAACCGUUCCCCGACAGACCAAACUGCGUCGAGGGCACUGGCACGGUCAGGGUCGUGAACCAGUGCCGAAACCCCCUCUCUUGGUGUCAGACUAUUCUGCCCGGCAACGAGCUCAUGGCCAUCCCGACCCUCGCCGAGGUCGAGACCGAGACGACCAUUUCGGUCCCUGGCGCCAGCUACUGGAGAAAGACUUCAGCUCACUACUACGUCAACCCUCCCGGCACCGGCGUCGAGGGCUGCAUUUGGGGCAGCGAGUCGCAGGCCAUUGGGAACUGGAGCCCCUUUGUCGUCGGCGCCAAUACUGAACGAAAUGGCAUGACCUUUGUCAAGAUUGGCUGGAACCCCAAGUUCCUCGAGCUGGACAUGAAGGCCCCUGGCUUUUCGCUCAAGAUCGAAUGCCCCGAUGGCGGCUGCGUCGGACUGCCGUGCGAGAUUCGCUCUUCCUCCGGAAAAGGCAGCGUCGAAAGCAAACUGGCGGCCGCCGGUGCGGGAGGUGCCAAGUUCUGCGUCGUCACCGUUCCCAAGGGCAAAGUGGCCAACGUUGUCGUCACCGAGGAAGGCAGCGGCGGCAAGGGUGGUGGCGGCGGCGGCGGUGGUUACCCCGUGCAUUCCUCCAAGGAGGCAAAGACCGAGACUGUGGCCCCCCCUCCAGAGCCCUCGACGACCGUCGUUCAGGAGCCGACAACUGUACCAGAGAAGAUGACCACCACACCAGAGCCAUUGACGACACAGCAGUCGACGACGAUCAAGACGACGACAAAGCCGCCGCCGCCGCCACCACCUCCUGUGACCACAUCAGCUACGACGACAUCCUCGGCGGGUUUGUUAUCGCCGGCCUAUGUGCCCAUCACAACGUCCAAGAACCUCGUGGCAACAACCAGCUCCGUGGCGACGACUACGUCAGGAAACCACAAGACGUCAAAUUCGACAAUGUCCUCCACGACCAGCAAGUUCAGGCGCCCCACGAUGCUGCCCGGUGCCGUCUUCAAUGAAAACGCCACCGCGCCCACCGGCUUCGCGGCCAAAGGCUCCGUUUCGUCGUCCUGGUCUCCUCCCCAGGCAACGCCCAACAGCCCGCCCAACAGCCCGGCCAUAGUCUCUAGUAAGAAGGGUGAGGCCGGUCGGCAGCAAGGCAACGCCGCCGUUGCAGGUCUGGUUGUUGCCUUUGUCGCGGCUGCCUGCUUCUUUUAG